CCGGACAGCUGUGACUAUCCGAGAGGAUGAGCAGCUGGCUAACAUUGGUGGAAUCACCAGAGGACAUGAUCUUCAUCUUGGAGCUCGUGUACAUCUUCCUGCUGCUGGUCGGGCCGACCGUCUGCCUGUGCCCGAACCAGUGCGCCUGCAACGCCGUCUCAGGGUUCGUCAACUGCCGAGAGAAGGGGUUCACCAACGUGCCCGGCGGCAUGGGCGCGGACGUGGACUACAUCAACCUCGGAAACAACAACCUGACCAAGAUCACGACUCAGUCCUUUCAGAGGUUCCGUCGGCUGCAUUAUCUGACGCUAGACAACAACCACAUCUCCGACAUCGCGGAGUUGGCCUUUGAGAACAUGCGAGAGCUGAGGGUUCUAAACCUGCAGUGGAACUCGCUGAAAUUCCUACGAAAAGGAGUCUUCCGCGGUCUUAUUAAUCUUCAGGACCUAAGGCUGUCUUACAACUCUCUCAGAAAACUGGGCUUCCUAAACGAGGAGGACCUUUACUCCUUACAGACUCUUUACCUAGACAGGAAUAAUAUUUCAACGUUGAACAGUUUGACUUUUGCUCAUCUGCAUAGCCUGAAGUUUGUACACCUCGAGUACAACAGAUUGAGCGCUAUGGAAGACGGGAUAUUUAGCGGAAGUUUAGACGUGGAACACGUCUUACUUACUGGUAACAAGAUCAACAGAAUGUCACCCGCCUCCUUCAAGGAUCUCAGGACAUUAAGGUCCUUAAAUCUGGACGUCAACCAGCUGUCUUCCGUGAAUUUCGAAACGUUUCGUAACAUCAAGAGCCGGUACACAAACCUGUACCUGGACUCGAACCCGUGGCACUGCGAUUGCGACCUACAGAGGACGUUUAACAAGAUCCAUCUAACGAAGAACCUGCACAUCGUUCGCUACGAGGAGCUGGCCUGUCACAAGCCGGGGGAGGUGCGAAACGUGACGCUGAAAGCGCUGGGGACGAACUUUUGCGUGGCCGAGACGGUGACGAUUCUCGUGAUCACCAUCACGGUGGUUGUAGCCGUGGUGGCGGCUGUGGUCACCACGGAGAGAAACAGGAGACAGAGGAUGCAGAACUCGCCACACAUUGCAAGUAUAUGACGAAUAAAAUCUAAUGAUGAAAGUAAUUAUUACAAACUAUGUAAAUUGUUAAAUGUUCAGGUAGCCAUGACGGGGAGGGAAGCAGAUUCUACUCUUCGAUUGCCUCGUCGUUUCAA